ACCUGUUGUUUUAGUUCUUUGUGUGACGGCCAUUCUGGUUAUGAAAACUUCAUCAUCACCUUCAUUUUCACAACAUCGUAACCGUGAGUUAUCUCUCAGCCCACGUUUAUUGUUCUUAGUGUUUAACACCCUUAUUGUUGUUUUAAUUAUCGGAAGCCACAAGUCGGCUGUCAAUGAAGAUGGGAAGGGUAUGCCGUUUUCCUGCUUCUUUUACGGAGUUGGAAGUGUUUAUGAUGAUGCAAAUACAAUUCUGGAGGAAAACUACGAGGAAGAAGAUGAUGAAGAUGAAGGUGAUGGUGAUGGUUGUGCUUCUGAUGGUUAUUAUGAAGAUGAUGAUGACAAUGGUAGGGAUGAUGAUGACAACGAUGACUGGGAUGAUUACACAAAUGAAUAUGAUGAGAAUCUUGCGAGAAGGAUUGAAGACUUCAUUGCUAAGGUCAAUGAAGGAUGGAGGGAAGAGAGGUUGAUGCAGGAUUGUAGGAAGGCUCACAAAGUAAUUGGCAAAGGGUUCCCUGUCUCCUAAUAAUUAAGCAAGCCCUGAAUAACCCACCACUGUUUUUCUUCCGGGGGCUUUUUAUUGAUGUGUCCAAUAUCAGGGACCAUAAGAAUUACGUACAUGAUGUUGUGUGUAUGAUUUCAGUUUCCUUUUUGUUUGAGUUUAACCACUAGAUUACUUUUCCCACCAUUCUGAUAAU